UGCCAGUCUUCCCGAAACGAGAGGCUAUCUAGAUUCUACACGUCAAAAAUCUCACGCUGACUCUGAUCAGCCGCGUUUGAUGGCUUCUCUAAUAGUUGCCACACACAGUAAGCUCUAGUUUCAUUAUUAAUUCACUCCAUCAGAAAAAUUGUUCCAGCCUUUUAUCGAUAUAUAAGCACCCACUCUGCUUCCAUUUCUACAAACUACUCCAAGCAUCCCAAUUAACACCUUUCAGAGAAGGAAGUAGCAUAAAGAAAUAGAAACAAGCUUUUGCAUUUGCUGUUCCUAGAGAAGAAAAUGGCAGAGUAUGGCACUAUGACAUCAGAUGAACUCAGGCGAAAGAAAAGGAUCAAGUUGGCCAUAUAUAUUGCUGCUUUUGCUGUGUUUCAGACCAUUGUCAUCUUGGUAUUUGCACUCACUGUGAUGCGUGUUAAGACCCCUAAGGUCAGGUUGGGUGCUAAUAUCACGUUCCAGAACUUCAACACUGGAACCCAAGCAUCACCUUCCUUUGACUUAAGCUUCACAACCCAAGUUGGAAUGAAGAAUACAAACUUUGGUCCUUACAAAUAUGAUAGCACCAUUGCCACGUUCAUGUACCAGGGUGUGACAAUAGGGCAAGUCACUAUACCUAAAGGUAAGGCUGGGCUCCGCUCGACAAAAAAAGUUACUGUCACAGUUAAUGUGAAUUCAAAUGCCCUGUCAAGCACUACUGGCCUUGGAAGUGAGUUAGGUGCUGGGGUGUUAACUCUGAACGGCCAGGCCAAGCUUAGUGGGAAAGUGGAAUUGAUGUUUGUGAUGAAGAAGAAGAAAUCUGCCGAAAUGAACUGCUCCAUGACUAUCGAUUUGUCAUCAAAGGCGAUCCAAUCUAUGAUUUGCGAGUGAACAUUAAGCUGUUUUGCUUCAUUUCUUUUAAUUCUAUUCUUUUGAUGGAUUUGUAAUUUUUUCUUCUUCUUAUAAUUAUUACCAUUUUGUGGGAAUACUUGUAUUGACCACGAUUUACUAUAUGAGAAUAUAUAUUUUUUUUCUA